CCCCCCCCGCGUCGUCCCUGUUGCCGCCCGAGGGGAGGCUGGAAGCCUGGCCUCGCGCUCUCCCUCCGGGUCUGAGCUGCGGCGGCGCGUAGGCGGCGGCGGCGGCGGCCUUGUCCGGCGGCCGCGGGGCGCGCUCCCCCCCGCCUGCGCUCCCCCCGCUCCUCCUCCUCCUCCUGCUCGUCGUCUUCGCCCGGCGCGGCGAGCGGCGAGCGGCAAGAUGGCGGCGCCCAGGCCGCCGCUCGCCCGGCUGUCCGGCGUCAUGGUGCCCGCGCCCGUCCAGGACCUGGAGGCCCUGCGCGCGCUGACGGCGCUCUUCAAAGAGCAGCGGAACCGAGAAACCGCACCCAGGACUAUCUUCCAAAGAGUCCUGGACAUCUUGAAGAAAUCUUCCCAUGCUGUUGAGCUGGCCUGCAGAGAUCCAUCCCAGGUGGAGCACCUGGCCUCCAGCCUGCAGCUAAUAACGGAAUGCUUCAGGUGUCUUCGAAAUGCUUGUAUCGAGUGUUCCGUGAACCAGAAUUCCAUCAGGAACUUGGAUACAAUUGGCGUUGCUGUUGAUCUGAUUCUUCUUUUUCGUGAACUGCGGGUUGAACAGGAAUCCCUGUUGACAGCUUUUCGCUGUGGCCUGCAGUUUCUAGGCAACAUUGCCUCGCGGAAUGAAGAUUCCCAGUCUGUUGUUUGGGUGCAUGCUUUCCCAGAACUCUUUUUGUCUUGCUUAAAUCAUCCAGACAAAAAAAUUGUUGCCUACUCGUCAAUGAUUUUGUUCACAUCCCUGAAUUCUGAAAGAAUGAAAGAACUGGAAGAAAACCUGAACAUUGCUAUCGACGUCAUUGAAGCUCACCAGAAGCAGCCUGAAUCAGAAUGGCCGUUCUUGAUUAUUACAGACCACUUUCUGAAGAGCCCGGAAUUGGUGAAAGCGAUGUAUGCCAAAAUGAGCAAUCAAGAAAGAGUUACACUGCUAGACCUCGUAAUUGCGAAAUUAGUGGGGGAUGAGCCACUGACCAAGGAUGACAUCCCUGUGUUUUUGAGCCAUGCCGAGCUGAUUGCAAGCACUUUUGUGGAUCAGUGCAAGAUGGUGCUAAAAUUGACCUCUGAGCAGCAUGCGGACGAUGAGGAGGCGUUGGCCACAGUUCGGCUUCUUGAUGUCUUGUGUGAAAUGACCGCUAAUACUGAUCUGCUCAGCUAUCUGCAGGUUUUUCCUGGCUUGCUGGAAAGAGUGAUUGACCUUUUACGACUGAUUCAUGUAGCUGGCAAUGACACCACAAACAUCUUCAGUAGCGGUGGCUGCAUAAGAGCAGAGGGCGACAUCUCAAAUAUGGCUGAGGGCUUUAAGUCUCAUCUCAUUCGUCUGAUCGGAAAUCUGUGUUACAAGAAUAAAGACAACCAAGACAAGGUCAACGAGCUGGACGGCAUUCCCUUGAUCCUGGACAGCUGCAGCAUUGACGACAGUAACCCCUUUCUGACCCAGUGGGUGGUGUACGCCAUCCGCAACCUUACCGAAGACAAUAGUCAGAACCAAGAUCUGAUUGCGAAGAUGGAGGAACAGGGACUGGCGGACGCAUCCCUACUUAAAAAGAUGGGCUUUGAAGUUGAGAAGAGGGGUGACAAGCUGAUUCUGAAACCUACUAGUGACCCACCUCCGCUGUGAAUGAACUCUCCAUCGAAAUAUCUGAAUUUUUGGAAUCUGUUUCCUGGAUUUUCGUCUUCUGCAGUAUGUGAAAUUGCAAGUGUUUGAAGAUUUAUUAAGUGCAAAUUCAGGAACACAUGAAUCCUUUAGAUAAUAGAGUUUAAUGUGGAUAAGCUCAAAAGUGAAAGUACAUGAGUAUUCUGUUGUUUCUUUGCUUUAGAAACUGUCUGGUUUGCCUUUGUCCCCAUGGAUACAGUGUGCAUUUAAGUAAUAUAUUGUACUUACUGUGGCAACAGAUAAUAAAUUCUUCUCCUCGAGGGUGCAUCCCUUAUUUGGCAAA